AGACGACGCGCGCAGAUGACGUUUGGCUCGCGGGGCAGCUCGGCAGCAUGGCGUCCGUGGCGCUGAGUGAGGCGGAGAAGGUGUACAUCAUGCACGGCGUACAGGAAGACCUCCGCGUGGAUGGCCGUGGCUGUGAGGACUACCGAUGUGUCGAAGUGGAAACUGAUGUGGUGUCCAACACCAGCGGAUCCGCCAGGGUCAAGCUGGGUCACACAGACAUCUUGGUGGGAGUGAAAGCAGAAAUGGGGACGCCGAAGCUGGAGAAACCAAAUGAAGGCUACUUGGAGUUCUUUGUUGACUGUUCAGCCAAUGCUACCCCUGACUUUGAAGGUCGAGGAGGUGAUGACCUUGGCACAGAGAUCGCCAACACCCUCUAUCGGAUAUUUAGCAAUAAGAGCAGUGUCGACCUGAAGACCCUCUGCAUUAGUCCUCGGGAGCACUGCUGGGUUCUCUAUGUGGAUGUACUGCUGCUGGAAUGUGAUGGAAAUUUGUUUGAUGCCAUUUCCAUUGCUGUAAAGGCUGCUCUCUUCAAUACAAGGAUACCAAGGGUUCGAGUUCUGGAGGAUGAAGAGGGGUCGAAGGACAUUGAAUUGUCUGAUGACCCUUAUGACUGCAUACGACUAAGUGUUGAGAAUGUCCCCUGCAUUGUCACUCUGUGCAAGAUCGGCUAUCGGCAUGUGGUGGAUGCUACUCUUCAGGAGGAGGCCUGCUCCUUGGCCAGCUUGCUAGUGUCGGUGACCAGCAAGGGAGCUGUGACGUGCUUGAGGAAAGUGGGGAAGGGCAGCCUGGACCCAGAGAGCAUCUUCGAGAUGAUGGAGACCAGCAAGCGUGUGGGCAAGGUGCUGCAUGCCUCCUUGCAGAACAUUCUGCACAAGGAAGAAAGCCUGGGGCCCAAGAGACAGAAAGUCGGAUUCCUGGGAUGAUUUGCACAUCAACUGCUCAGCUGUGGAUUGUUUGUUGCUUACUUUCCUUUUAAACUGGUUUGUAAAUAUUUUUCUUCACUGUUUUGAAUUUACAGCAACAUUUGUACAUGUAAAAUUAAAGUCUAUUUUCUGAUCUGUUUU